AUGAGAUAUAUCAAGGCUUUUGAAGUUGGCCAUGACCCGAAUGUGCCCAAGUACGACAUACACAUCAAAUUAAGGACGAGAAAAGACGGCCCUGUCGUUAGGAAUCAAAUCCGUCUCCCUCACGCCGUCAAAACAGACAUCAGAAUUGCCGUCAUUUGUCCUCCUGAUUCCCCGGCCGCGAAAGAAGCUCUUGCUGCUGGUGCAGCCGUGGUGGGCGAGGACGAGGUGUUUGCAAGAAUUAAAGACGGCAAAAUAGACUUCGACAGAUGUCUGGCUGUGCCUUCGUCUCUUCCAAAGCUUAGCAAAGAAGGUCUCCCAAGGAUAUUAGGUCCCCGAGGUUUAAUGCCCAGCGUCAAAUUGGGUACGGUCGUGGAUAACCCGGGCCCUGCGGUCAGCAACAUGAUGGGUGGAAGCAUGUACAGAGAACGCCAGGGUGUUGUGCGGAUGGCUGUCGGUCGACUCAACUUUACCCCCGAGCAGUUGAGGGAUAACGUCAAAGCCUAUGUCAACUCGGUGAAGAAGGAUGCUGCCAAUCUGAGUGAUCAGAUUGUCAAGCAGAUUUCGGAAGUGGUCCUGAGCUCGACAAACUCUCCCGGCUUCUCACUGAAUGGUGAAUUCUACCGACCGACUCCUGGGGCACCGAGCCCGCGGCAACUGGUUGAGGCGUGA